AACAAAGAACGCGCGCGGGUAGACUGACGUUUCCAAUGGUUACAGCGUAACACUGCGAUUCACACCGCGUUCAGAGUUCAGAGUUGCUCGCCUAACUUUCAGAUCAUGGGAGACGGUGACAAAGGCAGUUAUGAUUUAGCUCGACUUCAGGCGGAACUCGAUCAUGAGAAAGAAGUCAAAGAGAUGCUGGAAGAUUCUGUCUCUGACCUGAGAAGCACUUUGGCUGAUUUGGAACAGCGACUGCACGGUGUGGAGGGAGAAGGGAAUGAAUGGAGAACCAGAUAUGAGACCCAGCUGGAGCUGAACGGGCAGCUGGAGAGGCAAAUUGGGGUUGUGCAGGAGAGACUUGAAGGCCUUCGUGGAAAUCCCACAGAUCGACUGGCUUCCAUUCGGUCAUAUGAUCAAAUGACUGUGGAUGCUUUAACACACAGACUCCAACUUCUGAGCACAGAGAAGACGAGCCUUCAGAGCCAACUGCUAGAAUGUCGCCUGAGGAUUGAGCAGGAGGGAAAGGCGUACCAGAAGGCCUAUGAUGAGAGACGGGUUUAUCUUUCAGAGAUUGCAAAGGUGUCCUCUGCCUUUGAUCUGACCAGAAAGCAGCACUUGGCUCAGCCUCAAAAAGCUGCGCAGAGUCCAGAGAAGAGAGUUCAGGGGACUGUGCGGCGUGACUGGGAGGGUAGAAGAGGUCCUGCAAGAACAGAUGUCACACAGAGUCGACUGCCGAGAUUAAAGCGCUGAUACAAGAGGCUGCCUGCCAAACAAACCCAGAAAAAUUAUGACAGCACAUUUCAUAUCACGUUGAGAAUCAAGAUCAAGAAGAACAACGUUCCUCCGGGGCCUCUGUGCAACAUACAGCCAUAAGCAAAAGUUUAAACACUCCCAGUAAAAUAAUGUUUUGUUGGUUUUCUAGGUAAAAAUAAGGCAUCCUUUACAGAGAACAAACUUCAAUGUGAUGUUUUUCUGCAAGUUUCAGUGCACAGUUUCUCUGUGUUCUCUGUAGAGGAUGUGUUAACAUGUAACCUGUGUUUACAGGACCAUGCAAUACAAGUGAACAAGGUGGGCUACACAAAGUGCAGCUAAACAAGACCAACUUACUGUACAAUAAAGACGCAAUAGUGCAAAACUGGGCUCAAAACCUUACAGUAAGUGUAACACAGUAAAAAAGAAUGCAGGACAAGACAGAAUGAGCCACACAGUGAGAUGUGUAAAAACAUGAGUUGUGUAAAUAUUGCAGCAUUAUAUAAACUGUAUGAGCAGUAUUAGCAUCAUGCAAGUGAAGGGUAAACCAGUUUACAGCAUAAAUAGCAGCAUGCUAACAUAUUGUACCAGGAAUCCAAUCAGUAGUCGUUGGGUGAUGUUGACGUUCUUGAAAAAGAGGCUGUCGUGAUAAAGAGGUGGGCGUGAGAUUUGAACAGUGUUUGUUGAGAAGGGCUGUGAAUGAAGGGGGAUCCUCACAGCCUGGGGGAAGAACCUGCACUCUUCAGAAAAGGUUAGUUUAAGGGUUACUUUUAGAACCUUUACUUUAUGCGUAGGGUCUUUAAAAGGGUUAUUCACUGUCACAUAUUCAGAAAAAUGGUUCUCCAAAGAACCACCCAUGUACAGAUGUGGCUAAAUGUAGGCCUACUUCUUGAGUUUGCAGCCAAAAGGCGCAUCGUCUCAACCCAUUUAUCAGUGAGAUGUCAAACUGCAUGAUCAUAUAAACUUUUUUGUAAACCUUUUACACAUGUGGUUGGUGUGCAGAUGGCAUCUUACUGUAGUUUUGGAGAUUGGGUGCUCCAAGGAUACAACCAGUAAUUCACCUCUGUUCUGACAUGAAUCUUUUAAGGGCCAGGUUCAGCCUUUUACAGAAUUAUAAUAAAAUUCAUCAGUUGUAUAAUAAUAAUAAGGAAUAAAAUUCUUCAGUUGUUUAAUAAUAAUAAAGAAUCAAAU